UGCCACAUAAAAUCUCAUGUGGAAGAUGUGGAUCUCUCUCACCUCCUUCACUCUGUUCCUCAUUAUACACAGAGCCUGUCAUGCUGCCCAGGAGGUGCCAAGGAACCAAGAUAACAUUAAUAUUUGUUCUGAUAGCUGUCACCCGCAUGACUGCUCCGAUGUGUGGGCUCAAGGUCUGAAGACAGAUGGAGUAUAUCUCAUCUACCCCGGGGGACUCUCCACACCCGUACCUGUGUACUGUGAUAUGACUGGAAAAGAUGGAACCUGGACUGUCUUCCAGAAGAGGUUUGAUGGAAAGGUGAACUUUUACAGAGGUUUGAAAGAGUACAAAGCUGGGUUUGGAAGAGUGGAUGGAGAGUACUGGUUGGCAGGAGAUUCACUGACCGGUCAAGCUGGCAUGAAUUUUUCCACAUAUGACAACGACAGAGAUAUAUGGAGCAGCAAUUGUGCAGAAACGUUUCACGGUGCAUUCUGGUACAGCGAUUGCCACGGCUCCAACCUAAAUGGGAAAUAUCAAAAUGGUGUCACCACGGAGUACGCUACUGGUGUGGUCUGGAGCACUAAUAAAGGAGCCUACUACUCCUUUAAGAAGACGGUGAUGAAGAUAGCGCCAUCUGUGCCGGCAGUCUGAAGACAGUUCUGUCUGUACAAAGAUUUUAAGAUGGUGCCGCUUGUGUCAUCAUU